AAAGCUGGCAAACUCCCUUUCUACCGAAUUCCGCCCUCCCCACGGAAAGCCAUCGGAGGAGAGAGCGUGGCGGUUAAGGGGAGGGGAAAGGGCUGUGCGCUCCAGCCACUCCUGUCAAAAAGGAUUCAUGACUUGGAGGAGAGAGAGAGAGAGAGAGAAAGAGAGAGAGAGAGAAAGAAAGAGAGAGAGAGAGAGAGAUUACAAAAAAAAAAGGAGAGGAGAGGAAAGGAAAGGGACAGAAAGUAACUUGCAGAGAUUUCGCAACCCUUCGGGGAGGGGAAAAUAUGUAUAUGUUUUGAAGCUGGGGAGGGUGUCUGUCCCAGUCAAGGCCAGGGUAGGAUAAAAGCACCGACUGGCUCUGGAGCUGCGAGACAUCAGAAUAUGCCUGAGUCGGGACACACGCUUGGCCUCCUCCUCACCAAUGUCAAGGCGUUGGGUUUAAGGUAGCCGCUGCCCCAUCCAUCCGAAAUCCGGAGAGGACUUUGCUAUGAGUUCCACGGUUGCCUGGCUUCUGAUUCUCUGCCUGCUGGAUGAUGUCCUGGCCCAGAGUCCUCCGAGAGGUCUUCAACCUACCCUUCCUGAUCUAGAGGGGGAUCUCCUCUUUCUGUUGGACAGCUCCGGCAGCGUCUCCUCCUACGAAUUCUCCAGGAUCAAGGAGUUCAUUGCUGAAUUGCUUCUCCCAUUUACCUUCGGACCUCACGAUGUCCAGACUGGCAUUGUCCACAUCAGUACCAAGCCCAUCCUGGAGUUCCCCUUUGACCGGCAUUUCUCCACCGGGGCCAUCCAGCAUGCCAUCCGCAACAUCCAGCAGGUGAUGGGGGACACCAAUACCGGCCAAACCAUUUCCUUUGCCAAGGAGAAGCUCUUCACGGCGGAAGCGGGGGCCCGUCCCAACGUCCCCAAAGUGCUGGUGUGGGUGACCGAUGGCUUCUCCAAGGACGACGUCGCCCAGCCCAUGCAGCUUCUGAAAGACAUGGGGGUCACCGUCUUCAUUGUCAGCACGGGGAGGGGCAACUACUUGGAGCUUUCGGCUGCUGCCAGCCAACCGCCAGAGAAGCAUCUCCACUUUGUCGAUGUGGAUGACCUGAGCCUCAUCACCAAGGAGCUGCAGGAUUCCAUCGCAGCCAUCAUCCAAGCCAAGCGUUUGAGAGCCACGGAUGUCUCCUCAAGCAGCUUCCGUCUCACUUGGCCCCAGCUUCUGACGCAGGACACCGGCUACUACAUUUUGGAGUAUGCCCCGAGUGGCGAACCCUGGCGGAAAGUGUCCAAAAAACUCACCGGCGACCAUACUAGCAUUGUGGUGGCACAGCUAGCCUCGCAAACCACCUAUGAGGUUGUCCUCAUCCCAGAAUCCAACGAGAAAUUCAUCCCGCCGCAAACAACCAGGGUCACCACUCUGGAAGACGUGGUCAGCCCAGCCCAGAUUCUUAUCUCAGAGUCCAAACCCCACAGUAUCCGGGUCAGCUGGUCUCCCAUCCUAGAAAGUGUGGCCGCCUAUCAAGUCAUGUACGGUUCCCUGAACGACAAUUUAGUCCAGCUGCAAGAGGUGGACGGGAGGCUCAACACCACUGUCCUGGAAAACCUCCUGGCCAACACCAGCUACUUGGUGACGGUGUCCGCCAUUUAUAAGUCUGGCAAGGAGAAAGCCCUCUCGGCCAAAGCCUGCACACGGGAAGAGUACUCCAAAAUAAAGCACCUCCAUUUUGAAGAUCUGAGCCCCAGCUCUGUAAAGGCCUCCUGGGAUCCAGCAGAAGGAGACGUGUUGGGUUACCGUGUUCGCUGUCGGCGGCAAGCCGGCCCUUCGACCCUCCUCAGUGUCUCACCACAGAUCCACAGCGUUCUGUUGUCAGAUCUGACCCCCGGCAGCAAUAACAAAGUGUGCGUGAAGCCUGUGUACAGAACCCAUCCUGGGAGAGGACUGUGUCGAAUGAUCCAUCAGCAGCCUGCUUCGGCCGCAGGUGGCUACUACAGGCACCGGCGGAGAGUGUGAGCGUUUGUGGGCGCAACUUUUGUGGGUCAGAAGACAAGGACAGCCUGGGACAAUGGUAUCAGGACACCAGGAUGAAGGAGGUUGCAGUCCCAACCUUUUCAACUUCCGGCUACCUACCCUGUUCCCUUUUGCAACUUAACUUGCCUACAAAUGCCCCCCACAAUUUGGCUCGGUUACAGAAAACAGCUUCACGGGGAUAUUUGAUGUUGUAAGGAGUCCUCGCUCACUGACUUUCCUUUCCUUUCCUUGGAAUACCAGCGAAAGACACAAAUCCCGCUUCUUUCGCGUUGUUAUUUAUUUGCGUUUUGUAUGAAAUUGGAGGGAGGAGAGAAAGCACACACAAAAAAUCACAUGCAAGUGAGAACGUUCACCUUCUAAUCCGCAUUCUGAAUUGUAAGAACGUCCUUCUGCUUCAAAAGCUAUUGCAGUUCGAUUGGGGAGGGGAAGGAAUUAGAAGCACAAGGCAGAUCCCAAAAUGAUUCCUUUGUAAUUGUUCAAGGUGGCGGCCCAAAAAUCUUAGCUGUUGAACACUGCCGUCAUCUGAAAUUAACACACCUAUAAUAGACUUCCGAAGACUUCCUUGAGACUGAGGGAGAGCUGAGAGCAAAACCACUGGCCACUGAUAUUUCCCGUUUUAUUUAGGUGCGUUUGCUCUGUCCUUGGAAGGAAAUAAAUUAAGAGUGUUAGGAUGUAAAACUCUUCCCCAGGCUGAGUGUCACGUUAACCUUUGGAGUAGUGGGCCAGGAUUCACAUUCCAAGAAAUAGGUGGAUCAGAACAACGGGUUUGGCAAUGGCAGGAUGCAAUAUGUGACCGAAUAAAAUUGAGAGAUACGGUUAUUCAACAAGUAAACUAGUAGGUCAGUGAACUUGCUUAAUCCCAGUCUACUUUGGGCGGCAUCAAAAAUUACAUGUUGGGGGAGAGAGGGGAAUGCAACCAUUUAGAGAAAUAAAGUGGAGCACCCCUGCCAUAGAUACUAGGAGGCAGAAGAGACAAUGACCUGGUAAACAGAGAUAAAAGACAGUUAUCAAAGGAUAGCUAAGAUGCUCAGAAUAACUUUGGGAACAAGGUAAUAUAUAUUGUGCAAACGCAGACAGGGGAGCAUUACACGUGGCUGGAUCCAUCGGUGACUGCCUGAAUUGAACUGUGGCCUAGGCAGAAGAAAUAAUUGUACUUUUCUGGAAAUGUGAGAGAGGUGGCAGGGCCGCCUCAAACUGUGACCAUCCAGCAAAAAUCACGUGUUCGGUUCAGAAGACACAAUCUGAAGCACUUUGGCACGCAAAGUGUCGGGCGCUGUGUCGGCCCUUUUGGGAAAAAGUAGUUUGCAAAUUACCCUAAUCUGACCCGUUUAUACAGCACUGCCAGACAAUUGGAGUUUAGGGCCUUUUGUUAAGACAGCGAACAAACUUGUUUGAAAAAUACAGUAUUAUCGUGACUCAUCCUAGGAGGUAGGCCCCAAUAGAUUUGCGGAGCACCCAGCUGGAGAUGGCGGGCCUCAAAUAUGCAGCCCGAAAAUCUCUACCAUAAAUCACUGCAUCUUAGACAACUAGCUCCUUGAGGUGAAAUUCAGCUAGAAUUCCGAAAUGUUUGUUUUCCAUGUGUGUUUGUUUAACCGUUUCAUCGUGGGAGCCUCCAUCUGCAUGAGAAUUGAAUUAGCCCCACACAACAGUGACAUUUCUCAGCCCAAACUACCCCGUUUUCCCGAAAAUAAGACCUCCCCUGAUAAUAAGCCCAAUUGGGCUUUUGAGUGCAUGUGCUAAAAUAAGCCCACCCCCCAAAAAAUAAGCCCUUCCUGAAAAUAUUUAAACGCAUAUGCAGCCGAUCCCCGCCAUUUCCUCUGGUUAGGGUUAGGGAGACAGAGCUGGAAAUCAGGUAAGAUGGCAAGAGGAGCCCCGUCUUGCUCCACGCGCCCCAAAAUAAUAAGACCUCCCUGAAAAUAAGGCCAGGCACUUAUUUCAGGGAUUUAAAAAAAUAUAAGGCAGGAUCUUAUUUUCGGGGAAACAUGGUAGUUAACAGAAAGGCAGGUGUUUGUGUGUUUGUUUGUUUGUUUGUUUUUAAAAAAAGAGACGAUUGUAAUAAUGCAAGUAAUGUUGUGGCUUGUGGCUAUUUUGUAAUGAAACCCGAAAGCUUAAGAUGGCUUCGUUCCCGUUUCAGAAUGCGUAGGACGGUCGUAACUAUCUUGCCAGUCGGAAACCACUUCAUUUUCUCCAUAAUUCUUUCAUGUACCGUUUUACUAAUGCAGUAGCCAUUCUCUCCUUGGCUUACUCCAGCAGCGACAUUGUCAUGUAUCCUUUAAAAUAAGGUGAAUUAAACAGGAGAACAAAUGAGGCAAGUAAUUUGGAAUAUUUUUUUCCCCCUCUCUUUUGGAUGCGGUCCCACCGAACGCAAUGCCGUGGCAUUCACGGUUCGUUUUCAAGGAAUGAGAGUCGGGAACAUUGUGAUCUGUUGACACGAGAUUUUUUUGGAGAGCAGAAACUGGGGAAAGAAAGAGAGAUUUAAUUUCCUGCAGGGUACUUGAGGGCACUGAGAUCCUGUGUCAUGCCAGGAAAGAUCAAGCCUACAGAAGUAUGUAAACAGCCAUGCAGUGGGGGUGGGGGAGGAGUUUAAAAAGGGAGGGAAGAGAUUUGUUAAUUGACUGGUCAACUCUGUAUUUUGAAUUAGCUUGCUAGAAAAUUGUCACUGUAAUGACAUCUGUACAGCGAAUGUAGAAGAUCAGUUAGAAAUCUCCAAGUUUGAAAAAUAAUAAUGAUAAAAAAGAAAUACCAUUCCACAGAGAGAGCUAGCAAAUAAGAAAGCUUCUACAAACAAAACUGAUUGGCGGAAAAAAAUAUAUCCAUCCUUGGCCAGUAUGGAAAUUUCUUGUCAACCGGCAAAUCGUUAAGUAUGAAACAGGAUAAAAUGCAAAUGUUUCGGAACAUAUUUACUCAGGACUGUUAUCCUAUUAGGUUAUAUGGGAUUACCCAUAGAUAAUUAGAUAAAAGAUUCCAUAAUUGUGCAAAGACAUUUGGGAAAGCUGGUUCAAAUAGCUAUUUCAAAGGAAUCUUCUCUAUUAACGCACGCUGCCUUUGUUUUUUCACUCACAAAUUCUGAUCACAACUGAUCAAUGAGGAUAAUUCAUCAUAGAAUAAUUUGUGUUAGUAGAGGGAUGGUUUUGAUUUCCUGGUUGUUAUUCCACGUCAGAUAGUUUCUGCAGUUAACUCACCAAGGACAAUACCAAAACGCUUGUGAGCCAGCCAUACAAAGGAGCGCUUCAAUAAAAGGUAUAUAUAUAUAUCAAGAACCCUUCUGGCAUAUCAGUAACUGGUCAGAUAUCUUCUCUUUGCAAGUCUAAGAAUUAAAUGAACCUCAAAAAAAAAUAUUAAAAACUACCACUACAUUGAAAUACGAAAGCCACCAAGUAUAAAAGCAUUUAAUAAAAAAUGGAAAACGUA